UCUCAAAGGAGUGUCACACACACACACAUACACUCUGGCAAACGCACUCACCACACUGGCAGUCAGAGCACACACAGCUUCAUCCACCAGCUAUAAGACGAGCACCAGAUCCAGUGAGAGGACAUAAAGCCCAGCUCUGAGCUCCAGCAUGGAUGCACUGAAGAAAGGAUUCUCCAUAGCCAAGGAGGGAGUGGUGGCCGCCGCUGAGAAAACCAAGGCCGGGGUGGAGGAGGCAGCCGCUAAAACCAAAGAGGGGGUCAUGUAUGUAGGUACAAAGACAAAGGAAGGUGUUGCGACAAGUGUAAAUACAGUUGCCCAGAAAACAACUGACCAGGCAAAUCUCAUGAGUGACACUGCUGUGGCUGGAGCCAAUCAGGUGUCAGAGAAGGCAGUGGAGGGGCUGGAGAGUGUGGUCGCAUCUGCAGGCCUCGUCAAAUCGGGGGAGCUGAAGCACGAGGAGCAGCCGCCAGCAGACGCCGGGCAGUAGGCUUAUGUUGAACCGAAUGUCCCAUGAUGCUCUGCUUCCUGCCUGAGAGGAGAGUUUAUUAGCUGCUGAAUAUCAUCAUGUUAAACCUCUGAAGAACAACAAAUAAUCUCCAACUUCAGAAAACAAACACACUCGUCUCUUGCUUUCUCCUCACAAUCAGCCUUUACUUACCUCACGCUCCUUCACAUAUAGACAUACUGAAAUAGUAUUCUUGUGUAACACUAUCUAGCUAUGCAAUAUUAAUAAUGUAUAAUGUGCCGUUCGUGUCAUUCUCACAUUUGUGCAGAUGUCGCAUGCAUGCGAUUUGGAGAUUUUCAUGAAGACAAAGUCUGUCUUUCUUACCUGCCCUGAAACUGGAGGCUUUCUUACCUGACCAGUUUCCUCCACCCAGUGCAAUGAGGUUAGAAAACUGAUGAUGAUGACGAUGAUUUGGAUAUACUGUGAGAAAAGAUACUGCAUUAAAUAUAUAAAACAUUCCAGUU